AAGAGACUCAUUAUCGCAAUACUUUAAUGGUCAGUUUUUGAUGGUAUAAUUGGUUGGGAAUUCGGAAUGAUUCGAUUAUCAAUUUUCCUUUGUUCUAUUGUUCCUGAUAGAUUAUUUUUUACCACUACUAUUCACCCUAUUUAUGUAGAUUGUUCUUAUUGAUAAGUUUCAAGAGAGUGGGAGAUUGUAAAACAGUGUUAAGCUCAAGUUAACGUUGAAGACAACUGUAUAUAAACCAAAUUUUAUUCUCAGUAAAAACAAAAAUCUUUUUUGUGUAUAAGAAUAAGCAACUGCUUUAAAAAUUUGAUAGAAUGUUAGCUCAUCACCUUGUAAUAUUUGUCUGCAUUCAACUUCUGUUGUCCAGUGUCAGCGCAAUAUCUUUCACAGAGAUCGAUAACGCUGGAGCCGACUGUGAGGACAUUUAUAUUAAAUCAUCUGAUAAAGAACAAGGCGAGGUCGAUUAUUUUGUUUGUGUGUUUCGCAAAUUGAAAGCGUUUAACAGCGAUAAUUCUUUGAACGUGGAAGUAAUUAAAAAUGUACUGACAAUAAUUGGGCAAUAUUCUCCGCCAGGAUUCAGCAAAAGUCGUUUUGAAGCGGUAUUUAACGCAAUAGGAAGUUGUAGUUCGACAGCAAGUAACACUGUAGAGGAAAGUGUGAAGACAUACUUUCAAUGUGUAAAAAAGCUUACAUGAAUAUUCAGAUAUAUCCUUAAAAACUUGACGAUGAAGUUAUGUUCUUCAAUGUUGAAACAUGUCGAUGUAAAACUUUAAAGUAAUAAAGAGAUUUCACUUAUAAACAAUUUCGACUA